CUCAUGUAACUCCACCAGCUCUCUUGCCCAGUGACCAGAAAAUGUUUUUUCUCGCAAUUCUGCUGUUUUGCUACCCUCAAAUACCUCAUCAGAUACAGAAGAUUACUGCAAAUGGCAAAGAGAUGCUGCCCAAUCCCAAGCUUGUGCUGGUUCAGGGCACUUUGAACGUGGUGAUGAAGCAGAACGUGACCCUCUCCUGCCUCUCCAAGCCUGGAUCUCCACCUGUCAGAUACACACUGUUCAAGUACAACCAGCAGGUAUCUGCUUUAAACAGGUCAGACUUGAGCCCUGCACUGUUCACCCUGACCAUCAGCUCUGCCAGCGACCUGGGGGAAUACAAGUGCAAAGCCGAGUAUAACAACUCCAGCGCUGGAAAAUACAGCAACAGCCUCAACUUCACCUUCAUAGAGCCAAUUUCCAAACCAGUGCUGAGCUCACCCACCUCUCAGGCAAAGAAAGGCCAGAACGUGACCCUGUCCUGCUUCUCGGAGAAUGGAUCUCUUCCCAUCACGUAUCUAUUCUUCAAAGGCUCACAAAACAUUUCUCCCCAAAAGACGAUGCAGAAGAGGGAAGCAGCUGUGAUUUUUCUAUUUAUCGAUUCCCUUAGUGACUUUGGAACCUAUAAAUGCAAAGCUAGUAAUAGUUUUCCCAAUAAUACAAAAUACAGCAACGCUUUCAACUUUACAUUAGCAGAAGAGAGAAGCCAUUCUCAGCCCCUGGUAAUUUCUCUUGGGCUGAUCCUGCUACUACUCAUAAUAGGAUCUGCUCUGGCAAUUCCAUUUUUCGUAAUACCUUUGUAUAAAGCAAAAAAAUUUAAGUCUACCAGGCCCUCAAUUGGCCUUACUUCAACAGUGAAUGCAGAGGAGUCUGAAAAUGAAGUCAUAUACUCAGAGAUUGAGCCUUUUGAACCAGAAGAAGAAUACAUUAACUUCUCCGUCAUUAGAAGAGAAGAGGAAACAGCAGCGAAGAGAGCAUGUUCUACAGUCUAUUCAAAGGUCCUCAUCAGAGACUGAGUACCAGGUAACCUGGAAGACCCAGAUUCGACACAAAACAGAUGCAUCACCACGUUUUAGCAGAACUGUUUCCAGAGAAACCACUGAGUCCAUAAAGAUGCUGAAACCAGUUCAGGCAAAGAUGUC